CUUCCCAUAUGAUUGACAAUGAGACAAUGAGAAUCGAAACGAAAAUCAACAGGAGGACCUUUUAAAUUUUACUAUCAUUCAGGGCAGUUAAAGCUUAUCUGGUCUUCAGCGUGUCCCGCUUUGGCAGUUAUCAUUUGCCAAAUAAAGAAACUGCCCUAGAAAAGUUAUUUUUUGUGUGCUGAUCUCGUCGCACUUUAUUUUUGAUCAUGUCACAACUGGAUGCAGAAGAACUUACGCUUAUUGCGAAAGCUAAGAGAUCUGAAGCACGAAAUUUACGACCACUGAGAGAACUUGCCCUGGAAAGGAUAAGAAACGUGUGUUCUUGCAUUCAAUCUUCUACAGUACUUUAUCGAAACCUGUCGCCAUCCCUGCGGAUUGAUAUUUUGAAGUACUUGGAGUCCCAAGGAGAGUUUGACAAGCCGAUCAGCCCCGAAUUGAAAGGCUGGAUAUUUGAAAUACUGAACCGCCUCUUGGACGCAUCUGUGAGAGAUUUCGACUUUAUCUUAUUUUCUCAAUUUGAAUCUUCAGAGUACCUGCUGGACAAAAACGUUUGGCAAAUGCUAGUUGAAAAGUGUCCGAAUUUGGAAAGAGUUGCUGAUUCUCGAAAGUUAGCCUUAAUUAAAGAAGAUAUGAUUGAGGACGGCGAGUACGAAAGCAAUGAAGGCUUUUGCAACUUCCACCUGAAUGAUGUACUACCUUUCCUGAUAAAAUUACCCAUGCUGGAGCACAUCGAACUUGGAUGGUACAUUUGUGACGAGGAAUGCAUGGCUCAAAUUGCUAAAAACUUUCCUAAUCUUCGAUCACUCUCCAUUGCUAUCGAAGCAGCAUCUUUUGAUCUGCUUAGAAGUUUAUUCACCCUACAGAGACUGGAAAUUUUAAAAGUCAACUGGGAGUAUAAAUCAUCUCUUUCGAAAUCAUUUGAGAUCAAGCGUUUUGAGCAGUCGCGUUUGAUGCAGGAGUGUCUGAGGCACCUACCACUCUUGCGAGUCUGUUGUUCGGACAAUUCUGUUGACACCAUACGUGCCGGCGUGUUUGACCUUCAUUCUUUCCAAGGCCUUGCACAGCCAGCAUUGUACUUGGAGACUGCAAAGAUAGUGGGCGCAUUUGACUUUAGACUCGUCCCCUCGCUAAUUAAUUUAAGAUUCGAGGAGCCUGUUAAUAUUUUUGUUUAUGACUUUUCAAACCUGUUCAAUCUUAGAGUGCUGCACUUGAGUUGCGUUAAAGGUCUUUUUGUGAUUGAAGUGCUUUCCUAUUGUGGCAGUCAACUAGAGGAACUUACUAUAUUUUCUACUAGUCAUGCAGAAAGAGUGGACCCUUUUGAGAUAUUUUCACUCUGCCCUCAACUUAGAAAACUUGAUUUUAAUAUGAAUAUAAGUAUUGCAAAUGUUGAAACAUCAAGUGCGUCUGUAAAUCAAAGUAAUUUCAAUCGCAUGACGAGUUUUGAAUUUCAUAGUUCGUCUGACAGUUUUCCCUCUAAGUUAAUAUUUUAUAUACUUUCUGCUCCAAAUAUUGAGCAUUUUUGUGUGUACAAUGAUCUAUCUAUAGUACCUGACUCACUUAUCUAUUUGUCUGACCUCCUGGUCAAAGGGCACAUUUUGCAGAUGUUCAGAAUAUUCCAAUUUGGGUGCCAAAGUGAACAAGUGCAGCCUGAGCUUAUUAGGUUCCUCUGUCUCCUUCCCAGUUAUGCUCCAAAACUUAAACUGCUAACAUGUUCUUCAGCCUCGAGAGAAUUUGCAAAUCAGCUUUCGGACUCUUUGUUGCCAAAUAUAACACUUUCGGAAUUUGACUUCGAAGGUCCUUUUGAUCAGGACGAAGAAUUGGAGGGUUAACUCUAUUGAUGCAAAUAUAAUUGAAAAUCUAAGUUUUUAAAUAUCGUUUGUAUUGUUUUGGAGCAUAAAAUUGCAUUGUUUGUCAAGUUAAGUGUGCAGCGCAGAGGUGUGCAGAGAGCAUGGAUUUAUGUCAUAAUUAUUUAGAGAAGUGGUGAUGUGAGAUAUCUGGCUGUGUAUUUGAAUUUGAAUAUUAUCAAUAUUAUUAUUUUGGAUAUUAUUUGUGUAUUUAGAAACAAAAUAAACAGGUAAUUAAAAACUGACCAAAUAAUAAAUCAAGGUGUUUUAAAUAAUUAAGUUCUUUAAACCACCUAAUUACAAUAUAAGAAUGCAAUAAAAAAUUG